GAAAUGGCAGAAAGAAAUCAUUCUAUAGUGACUCAGUUUAUUCUUUCUGGGUUAACAGAAAGACCAGAGCUCCAGGUUUUCCUCUUCCUUCUCUUCUUAGGUAUCUAUGUGAUCACAGUGGUGGGGAACCUGGGCAUGAUCACCCUGAUUGGGUUCAGUUCUCUCCUGCACACCCCAAUGUACUAUCUCCUCAGCAGUCUGUCCUUCAUUGACCUCUGCCAUUCCACUGUCAUUACCCCUAAAAUGCUGGUCAACUUUGUGGCAGAGAAGAACAUCAUCUCCUACCCUGAGUGCAUGGCACAACUCUACUUCUUUCUUGUGUUUGCAAUCUCAGAGUGUCACAUGUUGGCUGCAAUGGCAUAUGACCGCUACGUUGCCAUCUGUAGCCCCUUGCUUUACCAUGUCACCAUGUCUCCUCAAGUCUGCUGCUGGAUGGUAGCUGGUGUGUACAGCAUGGGUUUGGUUGGAGCGAUGGCUCACACAGUUUGCAUGUUGAGACUGCUGUUCUGCAAGUCUGAUGUAAUUAACCAUUUUUUCUGUGACCUUCUGCCUCUCCUGGAGCUCUCCUGCUCUAGUACUUUUCUUAAUGAGGUAGUGCUUCUGUGCUUAAGUGCUUUUAAUAUUUUUCUCCCAACACUGGUUAUACUUUCCUCCUACAUCUUCAUCAUAGCCAGCAUCCUCCGCAUUCGCUCCACCUCAGGCAGGUCCAAAGCCUUCAGCACCUGCAGCUCUCACAUCUCAGCAGUAGCUGUGUUCUUUGGUUCUGCUGCAUUCAUGUACCUGCAGCCCUCAUCAGUCAGCUCCAUGGACCAAGCAAAGCUGUCCUCGGUGUUUUAUGCUACUCUCCUGCCUAUGCUGAACCCACUGAUCUAUAGCCUGAGGAAUAAGGAUGUAAAAGGUGCCUUAAAGAAAUUCUUUGUAAAAAUCAAGUUGUGA